AUGGCAGACAUCAUCAAGGAGACAGUGACGGGGGUGGCCUUCCCUCGCAAGCAGCAGUUCUGGCACGGCGGCGAGCUGACCUGCCUAGGCGCCGGGGCCAGGGUGAAGAAGGUUGCCAUGAUGACCGCUAAGGUGUAUGCCGUGUCGAUGUAUGUGGACGCAGACUCGGCCGCGCGGGCAGACAGCCAAGAGAAGCGCCCGGAGUCGGAGGCGGCGGUACUACGUGCCCUUCAGAACGGGGCCUUCACAAAAGUGCUGCAGAUGCACCUGGUGCGCAGCAUCACGGGCAAACAGUUUGCGGAUGCGCUGGAUGAGAGCCUGCGCCCCAUGAUGAGGUGGGCGAUGCACGCUGAGGGUGCUUGGGCCUGCGCCGCCGUUGGCGGUGACGAGGCAGUCAUGGACGACUUCUGCGGCUUCUUCGAGGCCAAGAAGAUGGACAAGGAUGCCGAGAUUUGCCUGCUGUGGCAUGCAGAUGGGCCUCUGGACGUGUGCCUGCGCCCUGCCACCGACAAAACGCCAUACGCUAGCGCGCAGCCCGGCCUCUCCAUCACCUCGCCGCGGCUGGGUCGCGCGAUGUGGGAGCUCUACCUGUCGCCCAAGACGCCCUCCCCGGACGCCCGCAAGGCAUGGCUGGCCGCGGUGCCCAAGCUGGCGGCCUGA